ACCUCACCAACAGAGAAGGGAAGCCAUUGUCCAUCGCUUGUCCUGCUCCUUGCCUCGACCCACAUCACCGCCCCCACCACGAUCCUCGCAGGCAAUACAUAAAUCUGAUUCCAUACCAAGACCGCUACAGCCGGAUGCGUCAUAGCCAGUUGCUGAAGCUGGAGAGACGGCCAAUGCAGCCCGGCACCCGCCAUGGAGUUGCCCACAGAUGAACACGUCUAUACCGGAGACCCGCCCAAGCAGCGGACUCUUCCUGCCGACCUCCCACGCUCGCUCGACGACCGCAGGAAUGUGCCGAUAAUAGCGGAGGAGACUGAGAUGUACGAUGCCUGGCAAGGACAGUCGCAGUUCCUCACAACGCCCGUUCCUGCCCGCCCAAUUAGCUUCAACCUCUCCCUCGACGAUCCGAGCUACGGGGACGAACACGCCGUACAGAACCUCGAAGACAGCGAUAGCCGGCUUGUCCAGAUGCUAGCGAACCAGGCCCGGUUGAAAAGCGAUAAUCCGGCCGCCGGGGACGAGGCAAAAGUCAUAACUGAUGAAUCGCUCUCAGUGGAAGAGAAACAGCAGGCUCUCCAGGGGCUGUUGAAUCUGGCAGCGUCUAACGGGGAUGUGGAGAGGGUCAAGCGCCUCGUCAGUGGAGAUGCGAAGGAAUACAUCGAUGUCAACGCCCACGACGCCGACGGGACGCCUCCGUUGAUAUACGCCAGCUGCUUCGGACACGAGGAAGUGGUUGCCGCACUUAUCGCGGCGGGCGCAGACGUCGACCGACAGGACCGGAAUAGAUGGAGCUCACUGAUGUGGGCCAUGACAAACCGUCAUAAAGGGAUAGCCAAGCUGUUACUCGAUAAUGGCGCAUCCCCGGAAGUCAAAUCAUCAUCGGGAAGGACUGCAUAUGAUUUCGUCGAGCCGAACAGCGAGAUUUCAGAGUAUCUGCAUGAGAGUGGAUACAAUAUCGGAAGCGUUGGAGUCAGUGGCGGCGAUUUCUACACAAGCGGAUUCUCACAGGAUCGGUUCGAGGAGGAGAUGGCAGAAAACGAAAUGAAGAGACGCAUGAUGAUGGAAAGCGCCAUCAACUUGGAAGUUGACCUGGGCAAUCUUGGCCUAGAUGAGCAGCCUGAGUCUCCUGAAGAACUUGAAGAGGUCCAGGAGUUUGUGUGGGAUCGGUGUCUGAACGAUCAGAUGUUCGUUUUUCAAGAGAACGAGUUAGACCGCAUCCUGGACAUAAUCAUAACCAACAUGACACCACAAAGAUCUCCGUCGCAGAAGCCUGUGCCGGCCAACAUACUCUUUUUGAGUGCCCGGUACGCAUUUUACCAUUCGAGUCCUGAGCUACUGGAGACUCUGCUAGUUUCUGCCAUGGACAGGAUCAACGAAGUCAUUGAAAAACACCAAUGGGAUAUGACAAUCCUAGCAUUUUGGAUGUCCAACGCGACUUUACUUCUACAUUACCUCAAAAAGGAUGGAGGCCUUGUGCAAGCGACAUCCGAAUUUCAACUGCAGAUGGCCGAGCUUAUUAACGAAAUCUUCAUCUUGAUAAUACGAGAUGCUGAACGCAGGAUGGACAAGGUUCUUGACACGGCAAUGCUAGAUCACGAAACAAUACCUGGAUUUGAGGACGUUCACUUCCAACACGAGUGGAAGAUAUUUCGUACCAAAGCCAAGGCGAAACCAGUAGAACCCUUCGAAAAACGCUACCGUCCUCCAUCCCCGAAGCGACGAGCCCAAGUAUCGCCCCGAAAUAUCACAUCACUGCUCUCUUCCACUUUGUUCGUUCUCGAUCUUUACGACAUACACUCUGUGAUAACCUCACAGAUCUUAUCACAGCUCAUUUAUUGGCUAGCUGCUGAGCUUUUCAACCGUAUCAUGGCGAACAGGAAGUACCUCGCGAGGACCAAGGCCAUGCAAAUUCGAAUGAACAUCUCGUCCUUAGAGGAGUGGGCCCGCACCAACAACCGUCAACCAGAGCACUACGAAAAUGGGUCUUUGACUUCUACAGGGGAGGCAACAGUCGACGCCGCCCGACGCCACCUCGAACCAGUCGUGCAGCUACUCCAAUGGCUCCAGUGUUUUUCUUCCCUUGGCGGUGACUUGGAGUCGCUCAAGGGUACCGUUCAACAGCUCCCGAGACUGUCACCGCAACAGCUCAUCCACGCUGUGAAAUACUACAGGGCAGAAGUAGGGGAGAAGGGAUUGCCGAAGGAUGCGAUGAAGUGGCUUGCUAGUCUGCAAAAAGCUGCUGCAGAACGGAAAACAAGACCACGGAAACAUUCGGGUGCAUCUCCAAACUCACAGAAAGCAGCCGAUUCAUCACCUUCAACACCUGUGAGGCCUGGACAACAGCAGGCAUUCUCGCCAUCGCCUGCUCUUUCCAAGCAGUCUGAAGAUGAUGAAGAGGAGGCCCCAGAACAUUUGCUCAUGGAUCCUUCGUUGAUGCUCCCGUUCUCACUGCCAACCUCUACGGAUAUGCUGAUAAGCUAUGGAGCCGGCUUCGGGGGACUCAACAAGGAGCGGGAGCGAAAAUACCUGCCCACCGUUCCACCAGAGUUUCUAGCGAAGCUCGACUUGAAUGGCAACAAGAACGGAGGGAACAUUUACGCAAACUCAAAGUGGGACGACGAAUCGUACAGCUAGUGCAUUCGGGAGCAUUUUGUCAGACGGUUGUCGGCAUAAAGGUUUAUGAUAGACGAUCACCAAGUUUCAGCAUGUCUGAAGGUCAGCGUGUCGUUUCCAUCCGUGUUGUUUAGUUCUCUAUUGGGUAUGGGGGGAAAACUUUGAUCAUCGGAAUGCUCCAUGCUUUUCACGGACCUCGCCAAAUCUUACCCUGCCACUAUAUACUUUCCUACCCCGCGGUGGGGUAGUUUCGGUCACGGCAUUUUGGAGAUAGCAUGCGACACCGGACUUUUCAUUCACCACAACACUUAAAGGCAAUUGAAUACCCACAAGUUUCAUUCAAACCACACACAACAUGGAAAUUCCCGUCGUGACCCCCGAGAUCCUCAAGAUCAAGAGCAUUGGCGCAUCUAAGUCAUACCCAGUAGCCGCAGAUAAGAUUGCGACAACCUUUGGAUCACAC